UAUUCGACCAGCCGGAACCGAUUUAAAUCUUUCCACGCCACUUAUAAUCUCCCUUUUCCUUCCCUAGACGUUUCCACCCUCUGCCUCUUCAUUACGUACUCCCGAUUAGUCCUUAAGAUCCGUACCUCCACUAUCCAGUCCUAUCUAGCAGGCAUCAAUUUCUUCUGUAAGCUUUCUGCAGGAGUCAUCUGCCCCUCCAUCUCUCACUGCCACGUGAACACGCUCAUCAAAGGCUGCAAGAAGCAAAAACCAAACGGCGUCAUUCCACGUCUCCCCCUCACGACCGACCUCCUACACAAAUGCAUUUCCACUCUGCGUUCCGGUUACUCCUCUAAUUUUGUAGACAGGACCCUGGAGUCCACGUUCCUACUAGCUUUUUUCGGCUUCCUCCGCUGUUCUGAAUUCGCUCCAACUUCCUCCAUCCAUAAUCCUCUCAUUCAUCCUUGCCUUUCAGAUAUUUCCAUUCUCAGCCACGACACCACGAUUUUUACUCUGCGGAAAAGUAAGACCGAUCAGCUCGCUGUCUCUUGUCCCAUCUAUCUUUUCUGCCUCGAUUCCUCCCACAACCCGUACGAGCCCAUUUUCAAUUAUGUCCAGUCCCGAUUCGCCGCUAACGCUUCUCCUCAUGAUCCUCUCUUCAUUUCCGAACCAGGAAAACAAGCUUCUCGCUUCUGGUUCUCCUGUCAUUUCCGCCAGGUCUUAUCGUUAUCAGGCAUUUCACCCGAUCAUUACUCCGCCCAUUCAUUCCGCAUUGGCGCAGCCUCGUCCGCAUCUAGUCAGGGCGUCCCAGACCACACGAUCCAAAUCCUGGGUCGCUGGUCCUCGCAAGCCUACCAUUUGCACAUUCGUAACAACCUUAAAGAUUUAUUCCAAGCUCACUCUCUCCUCAGCUGCAUUUAA